AUGCUUUGGGUGGACAAGUAUCGACCACAAACGUUUGACAAAUUCGUCAUACACAAGCAGAUCGCGGACAAUCUUAAGAAAUUGGUAGCAGCGGGAGACUUCCCACACACACUUUUCUAUGGACCUCCUGGCGCGGGCAAGAAGACGCUGGUUAUGGCACUCCUGCGCGCCAUCUACGGCCCUGGCGUGGAAAAGAUCCGAGUGGAGACCAAACCAUGGCAGAUUGAGUUGCCCAGCCGCAAGCUUGAGGUGGAGCUUACGACCAUUUCCUCCAGCUACCAUUUGGAGCUCAAUCCCUCGGAUGUGGGCAACAACGACCGCUACGUGGUGCAGGAGAUUAUCAAAGACAUGGCAAGGAACAGGCCGCUGGGGGUGGAUGGGAACAAGGGCUUUAAGGUCCUGGUGCUCAAUGAGGUGGACCGGCUGAGCAGGGAAGCCCAACAAGGCCUCCGUCGUACCAUGGAGAAGUACUCGUCUGCCUGCCGCAUCGUCAUGGUCUGCAACAACAUCUCAAAGGUGAUGGAGCCGGUGCGGUCCCGGUGCUUGUGUGUACGGGUGGCAGCGCCCACGGACGACCAAAUGAUGGAAGUGCUGGCGGGGGUCGCCAAAAAGGAGAACCUCACGCUGCCGCCCGUGUUCGCAGCGCGACUGGUGGACUACGCGUCGCGGAGUAUGCGUCGCGCUUUGCUGGCUUUGGAGGUCUGCAAGGUGGAACGCUACCCAUUUGGUGACGACCAGGAGCCCAACCGGGCAGACUGGGAGCUGUACAUUGCAGAGGUCGCCAAGAACAUCCUGGAAGAGCAGUCGCCAAAGCAACUCUUCCUGGUUCGUGGCAAGCUGUACGAGCUACUGGCUAGCUGCGUUCCGCCGGAGCUCAUUAUCCGGCAACUGAUGUUGGAGCUGUUGAAGAAUGUGGAUGAUGAGGUCAAGGUUGAGACAGUCCAGCAAGCGGCGAUAUUCGAGCAGCGAUUACAAGAAGGCGCCAAGGCCAUUUUCCAUUUAGAAGCGUUUGUGGCCAAAGUCAUGAGCGUCGUCAAGAACUACAUGGUGUCACGCGGGUUGGCAUGA